AUGAUGUUUCAAUAAUCUAAAACUAAACAUUCUAUAACAUUUGUAAACAAGAAACUUGGGCGCUUUUUUGCUUCAGAAAAAUUUCAUUUUGCGGAUAUGGAAUGUGAUUCAUCCUGUGAUCUUACUCAUCUUAGUGAAGAGUUGACAGUGAAAAUAGAAGAGAAAUUGAAGUUGAGUCACAAAGAAGAUGGUAAUUCAGAUAUUACUCUCCGUCCAUUGGACCUCACCGAUGUUGAUGAUUUUAUGGAAUGGUUUGCGGAUGAUAACGUUAGUAAGUUCUGUUCUUGGGACACUUUCACAUCCAAAGAAGAUGCCAUGAAUUAUGUCACUGAUGUUGCCAUACCACAUCCAUGGUUUCAGGCAAUUUGUUUAAAUGGAAAACCAGUUGGUUCUAUUUCUGUAUCUCCAUUUCAUGGAACUGAUAGGUGCAGGGGUGAACUUGGAUAUGUGUUAGCAUCAAAAUAUUGGGGCAAAGGUAUUGCCACAAAGGCGGUGAAGAUGGCGGCCGCCGCUAUAUUCAUCGAGUGGCCACAUUUGGAGAGGCUUGAAGCUGUGGUGGAUGUUGAAAAUCCAGGAUCACAGAGGGUGUUGGAAAAGGCUGGUUUUACAAAGGAAGGUGUUUUGAGAAAGUAUUAUCUUCUUAAGGGGAGACCAAGAGAUAUUGUUAUGUUUAGUCUUUUAUCCACUGAUCCUCAAGUCAACUACUUUAUGUAAUAGGUUGGAAAAUCUUUACUUAAUUGGUGUCACCAAAAGGUCAUCAGCAUCAGAAAGUUUGAAUGGCCUGAGAAAUAUGAGCCACUACUCUGUAAAAAACUUUGAUUGUUUAUAUUUUAAAAGGGACAUGUAAAAAAGAUGAAUCCACUUGAUAUAAUAAUGAAUCAAGCUUAGCGGUCAAGAGGGCCAAUUUCGAAGAGAA